AUGCUUUCUGCCGCCCGUCUCCGGGGCCGCGUGACUCCUAUUAGGAUUUCGGGCCCACACAGAUAUUCCUUAUACUUCACACGACAACUAGCCACUCACGACCAAAACCUAGCUAUACCCGAGACCGUCCCGGUACCCUACUCACGAUCACCACCACCACCCUUCCUCCCUGUGCCUCAGACAUACGCAAGACCUUUGGAACGUGACCUGUUCUGGCGGAAGAUUCCCCAGUGGAGCAAUCUGGCUGCGAGAGAUUUCAUGUCCUGGGACUGGAAUCGAAAGAAUGUUGUGGAGAAAGAGAAAAACCUGCACGAAUUCCUCGACAACGUCCUCCCGGACGUGGUUCCCCGCGCAAAGCACCUGGGAGGUGUCCAAUGUCGGGAUGAGUUCGUGACUGAUGUCCAUGGCGGGAUGAAAAAGGCUUCAAUGAGUGUUCGGGUCAUGCCCUACGUACUGAGUAGGAUCAACUGGCAAGACCCGGCCAACGAUCCGCUGUUCAAACAAUACAUCCCGUUAAAGUCCUUGAUGAUCGACGACCACCCCAUGCUACACCACGACUCAUUAGCAGAGCGGCGUGACUCGCCCGUGAGCAAGCUUGUACACCGUUACCCUGAUAAAGCCCUCUUUCUCGUGACCUCCGUGUGCCCAACGCUUUGCGUGUUCUGCACCAGGGCGUACGGAGUCGGGGCUCACACCGACGCCGUGGUGAAGGACUUCACCAACGCCAACCGCGCGGAGAUGGAGACGGCGCUUGCCUAUAUCCAGAACCACGAGGAAAUCCACGACGUGGCCAUUUCCGGCGGUGAUACUUUUUAUCUUGCCCCGCACAUUCUCGAGGAGCUCGGCGACCGCCUCCUUGCGAUGGACAAUAUCGACCGGGUGCGGUUCGCGUCCAAGGGGCUCGCCGUGGCGCCGCAGAGGUUCAUCGAAGAGAGAGAUGCGUGGACGGAGGCGCUGGCGAGGCUAUCAAAUAAGGCUAGGAGGAUCGGCAAGCAGGUGGCGCUGCACACGCACUUCAACCACCCCAACGAGAUCUCUUGGUUGACGGAGCAGGCUAGCCUCAAGCUGAUCCAGCAGGGCAUCACGGUUCGCAACCAGACGGUCUUGCUCCGGGGCAUCAAUGAUGACAUCGAUACUAUGUCCGACCUUAUUAGGAAACUGUGCAAGAUGGCGAUUCAGCCGUAUUACAUCUACCAAUGCGACAUGGUCCCCACCAUCGAGCACCUGCGCACGCCCCUGAGCACCAUCCUCGACCUGGAGGCCCAGCUCCAGGGCAUCACCGCCGGCUUCCUCAUACCGAAGUGCAUCGUCGAUCUGCCCGGCGGCGGCGGCAAGCGGCCGGGGUCUCUCCACGAGUCCUACGACCGGGAGACGGGCAUAUCCACCUUCACGCAGCCAGCGCUCAAGGGCAACGGCAGGGAGAACAAGGUGUACAAGUACUACGAUCCGGUGGAUACGCUCGAUCCCAAGAUCCGCGAUAGCCUUGUAAGCUCCCUUAGGGAGGAGGUGCGGAGAUCUCAGGCUCUGAAGGAAGAACGGGAGCGAGAAUCGAAACAAGUUAUCUAA